CUCCCUCGGCGCCGCCGCCGCCGCCGCCGCCGCCGCCGCCCGCGGGGCUGGGACCCGAUGCGGCUGGAGCCUCGGAGCCUGGAGGAGCCCCGACUGUUACUGCUUUGGAAUAGCCAUAUGUCUAAUUCUCUAAAGUAGUUCCAUAUGUAACACUUGUAAAGGAUCAGAACAAUGCCUCCACGACCAUCAUCAGGUGAACUGUGGGGCAUCCAUUUGAUGCCCCCAAGAAUCCUAGUAGAAUGUUUACUACCAAAUGGAAUGAUAGUGACUUUAGAAUGCCUCCGUGAGGCUACAUUAGUUACUAUAAAGCAUGAACUAUUUAAGGAAGCAAGAAAGUACCCUCUCCAUCAACUUCUUCAAGAUGAAUCAUCUUACAUUUUUGUAAGUGUUACUCAAGAAGCAGAAAGGGAAGAAUUUUUUGAUGAAACAAGAAGACUUUGUGACCUUCGGCUUUUUCAACCCUUUUUAAAAGUAAUUGAACCAGUAGGCAAUCGUGAAGAGAAGAUCCUCAAUCGUGAAAUUGGUUUUGUUAUUGGCAUGCCGGUGUGUGAAUUUGAUAUGGUUAAAGAUCCGGAAGUACAGGACUUCCGAAGAAACAUUCUGAAUGUUUGUAAAGAAGCUGUGGAUCUCAGAGAUCUUAAUUCACCUCACAGUAGAGCAAUGUAUGUUUAUCCUCCAAAUGUGGAAUCUUCACCAGAAUUGCCAAAGCACAUAUAUAAUAAAUUAGAUAAAGGACAAAUAAUAGUAGUGAUUUGGGUAAUAGUUUCUCCAAAUAAUGAUAAGCAGAAGUAUACUCUGAAAAUCAAUCAUGACUGUGUACCAGAACAAGUGAUUGCUGAAGCAAUCAGGAAAAAAACUCGAAGUAUGCUGCUGUCCUCAGAACAACUAAAACUCUGUGUUUUAGAAUAUCAGGGCAAGUAUAUUUUAAAAGUGUGUGGAUGUGAUGAAUACUUCUUAGAAAAGUACCCAUUGAGUCAAUAUAAGUAUAUAAGAAGUUGUAUUAUGCUUGGGAGGAUGCCUAAUUUGAUGCUGAUGGCUAAAGAAAGCCUUUAUUCUCAGCUGCCAAUGGACUGUUUUACAAUGCCAUCUUACUCUAGACGCAUCUCCACUGCUACACCAUAUAUGAAUGGAGAAACAUCUACAAAAUCCCUUUGGGUUAUAAAUAGUGCACUCAGAAUAAAAAUUCUGUGUGCAACUUAUGUAAACGUAAAUAUCCGAGACAUUGAUAAGAUCUAUGUUCGAACAGGUAUCUACCAUGGAGGUGAACCCUUAUGUGACAAUGUGAACACUCAGAGAGUACCUUGUUCCAAUCCCAGAUGGAAUGAAUGGCUGAAUUAUGAUAUAUACAUUCCUGAUCUUCCUCGUGCUGCUCGACUUUGCCUUUCCAUUUGCUCUGUUAAAGGCCGAAAGGGUGCUAAAGAGGAGCACUGUCCAUUGGCCUGGGGAAAUAUAAACUUGUUUGACUACACUGAUACCCUUGUUUCUGGAAAAAUGGCUUUGAAUCUUUGGCCAGUGCCUCAUGGAUUAGAAGAUUUACUGAACCCCAUUGGUGUUACUGGGUCAAAUCCAAAUAAAGAAACUCCAUGCUUGGAGUUGGAGUUUGAUUGGUUCAGCAGUGUGGUGAAGUUUCCAGAUAUGUCAGUGAUUGAAGAGCAUGCCAAUUGGUCUGUGUCUCGGGAAGCAGGGUUUAGUUACUCCCAUGCAGGCCUGAGUAACAGAUUAGCUAGAGAUAAUGAAUUAAGAGAGAACGAUAAAGAACAACUUCGAGCAAUUUGUACACGGGAUCCACUAUCUGAAAUCACUGAACAAGAGAAAGAUUUCCUUUGGAGCCAUAGGCACUAUUGCGUAACCAUUCCCGAAAUUCUACCCAAAUUGCUUCUGUCAGUUAAAUGGAAUUCUAGAGAUGAAGUAGCCCAGAUGUACUGUUUAGUAAAAGAUUGGCCUCCAAUCAAACCAGAACAGGCUAUGGAGCUUUUGGAUUGUAAUUACCCAGAUCCUAUGGUUCGAGCUUUUGCUGUGCGGUGCUUGGAAAAAUAUUUAACAGAUGAUAAACUUUCUCAAUACUUAAUCCAGCUAGUACAGGUUCUAAAAUAUGAGCAAUAUUUGGACAAUCUGCUUGUGAGAUUUUUACUCAAGAAAGCAUUGACAAAUCAAAGGAUUGGACACUUUUUCUUUUGGCAUUUAAAAUCUGAAAUGCACAAUAAAACAGUUAGUCAGAGGUUUGGCUUACUUUUGGAAUCAUAUUGCCGUGCCUGUGGGAUGUAUUUGAAGCACCUGAAUAGGCAAGUUGAAGCUAUGGAGAAGCUCAUUAACCUAACUGACAUUCUCAAACAGGAGAAGAAGGAUGAAACACAAAAGGUACAGAUGAAGUUUUUAGUUGAACAAAUGAGACAACCAGAUUUUAUGGAUGCUCUUCAGGGUUUUCUAUCUCCUCUAAACCCUGCUCAUCAACUAGGAAAUCUCAGGCUUGAAGAGUGUCGAAUUAUGUCCUCAGCGAAAAGGCCAUUGUGGUUGAAUUGGGAGAAUCCAGACAUCAUGUCAGAGUUACUGUUUCAAAACAAUGAGAUCAUCUUUAAAAAUGGUGAUGAUUUACGACAAGAUAUGCUAACACUUCAAAUUAUUCGCAUUAUGGAAAAUAUUUGGCAAAAUCAGGGUCUUGAUCUUAGAAUGUUACCUUAUGGUUGUCUGUCCAUUGGUGAUUGUGUGGGACUCAUUGAAGUGGUGAGAAAUUCUCACACCAUCAUGCAAAUUCAGUGCAAAGGUGGCCUAAAAGGUGCCCUGCAAUUCAAUAGCCACACACUACAUCAGUGGCUCAAAGAUAAAAACAAAGGAGAAAUAUAUGAUGCAGCCAUUGACUUGUUUACACGUUCAUGUGCUGGAUAUUGUGUUGCUACUUUCAUUUUGGGAAUUGGAGAUCGCCACAAUAGUAACAUUAUGGUGAAAGAUGAUGGACAACUAUUUCAUAUAGAUUUUGGACACUUUUUGGAUCAUAAGAAGAAAAAAUUUGGUUAUAAACGAGAACGUGUACCAUUUGUUUUGACACAAGAUUUCUUGAUAGUGAUUAGUAAAGGAGCUCAAGAAUGCACAAAGACCAGAGAAUUUGAGAGGUUUCAGGAGAUGUGUUAUAAGGCUUAUCUAGCUAUUCGGCAGCAUGCUAAUCUCUUCAUAAAUCUUUUCUCAAUGAUGCUUGGCUCGGGAAUGCCAGAACUACAAUCUUUUGAUGACAUUGCAUAUAUUCGAAAGACCUUAGCCUUAGAUAAAACUGAGCAAGAGGCUUUGGAAUAUUUCAUGAAACAAAUGAAUGAUGCACAUCAUGGUGGCUGGACAACAAAAAUGGACUGGAUCUUUCACACAAUUAAACAACAUGCAUUGAACUGAAAUGGUAACUAUGAGAAACUGAAAGCCCAAUGUGAUUCUACACUGCACUGUUAAUAGCAGCCAGCAGGCAAAGACUGACUGCAUAAGAAUUGCACAAUCCGUGAACAGCAUUAGAAUUCACAGCAAGAACAGAAAUAAAAUAUAAUUUAAAUAAUGUAAAUGCAAACAGGGUUUGAAAGCACUAAACUAGUUCAUUUCAAAAUUUAAGCUUUAGAAAAUCAUGCAAUUUCAUAUUAUGCCUUAAGUCCAAAAAAGGUAAACUUUGAAGAUUGUUUGUAACUUUUUAAAAAAUGAAACAAAAAUUCCCAAAAUAUAUACAAAUGAUGGAGAGGGAAAAGAAUGACAUUCUGUUUGUCUUGUACAUGUUCUGUGUUGUUAAAAAAAAAACCAACAAAUGUGGUUAUUAUAUUAGCCUAAAGAAAACUGAAGUUUAUGUUAAAUUACAUGAAAUUACAUGAGAUUGGAAAAAGAAUGAAAAUUUUAUAUUUUCCCAUUGCUGCUCAAAUUUACAAUUUGAAGUAGGGUGUUUAAUUUCCCCCCUUGGACUCCUUGUUUACUGAAGUAACAAUGCUUGGGGUAGAAAGGAGUUUUGAGAUUUCACCCAUUUUUAAUUAAAAUCAAACACUUUGAAGAUUUGAGGUCUUAUCUGCAGAGUUUGGAAGCAGUAACAAAUGAGACCUGACAUAAAGUAGUUUUUGUUGGAUUUUUGUUUUUGUUUUUUCUCCUGGACAGUAUCUACAAGGAUAUGUCUCUUCCUUAGAAAAUUCUGGGCUCCCACAAAUGAAAGUAAUCAUCAUAGAAAGAGUAGCAAGAGUAGUUCUUGUCCUAGAAUUGUACAGUAUUCAUCUUGAUUUACUUCUCCAGUUGAACUGAAUACAUUUUACAUGCAUGUUUUCCAGAAUAUAGAAGUAUUAAUGUUAUUAAGAAGAUUAUUUUUUUUAUUAAAGGCUAUUUAUAUUAUAGAAACUAUUAUUAAUAUAUAUUCUUUAUUUACAUAAUCUGUCCCAUAGUCCCGCAUUGUUUUGCACCCCAAAUUUUUAUUGUUGGUUGGAGCAUGGUUAGCUUUUCUCUUGGUCUAUUCAUGAGGCUCACUAUCCCAUUUGUAUCAGUAUCCAUUAUAUAACUACUCGAGGGAACAGAUUGAACUUUACCCUCCUUACUUUUAUUUCUUUCUAUUUUUACAUGAAUCCUUAUCCUUUUAUAGUUGAGAAUCAUAUGAAAUUAGUUACCAAAAUUAAUGUCAUUCAGCUUACGUAUACUCACCCCUCAAGUGAGAUAUGGUGCCCAUGCGUAAUUUAUAAUAUGGGUGAAUAGAAAUCAUGAACUUUUUUUUUAACCCUUUUAAGCUAUUUAUCUAUAUUCCAGUAAUAAAAGUAGAACUUUAAACCAUUUAAGGUCCUUUUCCUUUUCCAAGUGGUCAGGUCUCACUCCAAUUUCAUUAAAAUUCCAUUUGAUCAUAGAAUAUAUUCUUAAACAUUUUGCAAAUCAUUUCACUUAAGAUAUAGUAGCUGAUUCUAGUCUUCUCCAUAGAAUGUGUUAUUUUGCUCACUAUGUGAAAUGAUUCAUGUCCUGAAAAAUAGCUUUAGCAAAUGUACAGUUGCCACACCAAGAAAUAAAAGUGCAAUAAUUACUGACAGUUUUCUAGAUUAGACAUAUUAUUGGAGAACAACUUUAUAAAGAGUGCACAUUAUAUUCUCUAGUACAAAAACAUCAUCACUUUAAAAUACUCAUCUAUGAAAUCACAUAACUAUAGUAGAAGUUGAAUAGUGAACAAGGGACUCUAAUACAAACACUUAACUAUCCAGCUACUUUAGAACCCUCAAAGGGCAUAAUUACUGAAGAUGUAGGUACUUCACUAAAGCAUGUAUAUAAUACUGCCAAAAAUAUAUAAAUUUGAAUAUUAGGUGAACUUAUUUCUGUAUACUGUCUUGGAAUAGUAAAGCAGAAUUUUAGCUCUGUUUUAAGCAGGAAACCCAAUAGAUUAGAUUCCUUUGCAGGUGUAGAUUUCAUAACUUAUUUAAGCUUCUUAACAUUUUAUGUUAAGAUAUGAGCAGCUUAUUCAUACAAAUAUCCCAGUCUUUUCUGUAUCAGGGAUUGAUUAUAGAAAAACUCAGUGGGAGAUACAAAUCUGCAGCUUUGAUGGUGGAAACUGAAGAAUUAAUACAACUGUGUUUUGCCUAAGUGCCAAAAAAUGAAAAAGUAAAAAUAAGCCUUGAGACUUUCACAAAAUUACAGUACCUUUUUUGCAUGUUUUUCCACAUUAGUUCAGAUAACUAUCACCUUCCCCAACUCCCAUGACCUCUUCGCCCAUUUAAAACACACAAGCUAUAUAGCUUAUUUCAUGGUUCACAUUUAUUUUUGCAAUAUGAUCACCAAAUUAAUUGGAGCACUGUAGACAAAUUGUAUAAAGAAUCUAGGCUAGUCUAAGAAAGGAAGGAGGAAAAGUAGUAUUCAUAAAAGCAAAUACCAAAAACUGAACUGAAAGCUACAUGGAGUGACUAACAAAUCUGUUUGAAGUGGGCAAUAAUACAGCUGCUUCUAAGUACUUGAAUAUCAGAAAUUAGUACCCAGGGAUUGGUCAGUUUCUAUGGCUAACCAUUAUUGUCAUUAGAUAGAGUGUAACUGACUUUAGACACCAUAGUUUCAUUAAAUAACAAGAAAUAAUUUAUUCAGUAAUUAUUUUGGAGGGGAAACAGAGUCUAAAGAAAAACAAAACCUAACAAAAUAAAAAUUAGCAAAAGAUAAUCAACUGAAAUUCAUGCUUUAACUUUUUAUGAUAUUCUCAAGCUAUACAAACAUUUCUUUGGAAGAUUUUUAGAAUGCUGCUAAUUUGAAAUCUGUUAACCUUAUUGUUGAAUCUUUUUUUUAAUGUUUCUAAUUGGAUUUUUUAAAAGAAUGGAAUUUGGUUGCUAUUUUCUGAUAGAACCUAAGCUUUUGUGGUUCUUAGUGUUCUCUGUAAAAGUUAGUGUCUGGUAAUCAACUUUGAGUGUUCCUUUCUAUUCUGUUUUAUAUUACAAGUCCAAUAAGAAAUGGGAACCUAGUGAAUAUAUAAUGAACUGUAAAAUAUUUUAAUGUGUAACUUUUUCAACUGUGAAACUAUGACUUGGUUUUUGAUGAAACAGCUGCUGAUAAAGUAUUUUGUGUAAAGUGUAGUUCUUAUUAAUAAGGAAAAUGAUGAUUUGAUUAGACUCUGUAUACCCUCUUGGAUUUUAUUUUAAAUGGAUUGGUGAUUUUUACACAGAUAAACUACAGUCCAUUUAUGUUCUCCUUCUAUAAAGACAAGUGAUUUGACAUUAUUGGAAAAAAGUGUAAAAUGCCUACUUAAAGGUUCCAUGGAAAUCUCACAGAGCAUAAACUUGGAUUGGUUUCUUUAGAUAAUAA